CCAGCCCCAUUUCGAGCUGUGGUUUUGGUUUCCAUGGUGACACUUCCUGUGGCAGCGAAAAGAGGUAGUGGCGGAGCUGCGCGAGGCUGGCAGCGGCUGCGCCCUCGCCCGCUCCUGCCGCCGGGGAUGCUGCGGGGGCGCAGGCCGCGGCGCUAGCCCGCUCCGGCCCGGCCGCGCCAGGCAUGCAGGGCAAGGCCAAGCUGCUGCUGGUCCAGAACGGCCGCAUGGGCCCAGCCGUGUCGGAUGGAGAGUUAAAUGCCUCCAGGGCCCGUGGCAGCAACCACAGUGUGAACAGCCUGCCAGGACCACAGACCACAUGCAGCUCCACGCAGAAGUCCGUGGUCAGCUGGGCCGAAUCCUUCGAGACACUGCUCCAAGAUCAUGUGGCUGUCACCUACUUCACCGAGUUCCUCAAAAAGGAGUUCAGCGCUGAGAACGUCUACUUCUGGCAGGCAUGCGAGCGCUUCCAGCAGAUCCCAGCCAGCGACACACAGCAGCUGGCGCAGGAGGCCCGGCGGAUCUACGAUGAGUUCCUCUCCAGCCACUCUGUGAGUCCCGUGAACAUUGACAAGCAGGCCUGGAUUGGGGAGGACAUGCUGGCCACCCCAUCCCCGGACAUGUUUCGCAUCCAGCAGCUCCAGAUCUUUAACCUGAUGAAGUUUGACAGCUACACACGCUUUGUGAAAUCCCCACUCUACCAGUCCUGUUUGAGGGCAGAAAGCCAGGGGCAGCCGCUGCCGGACCUGUGGCACUCUCGGAGCAGUAGUCCGCCACCUGACCUCAGCAAGAAGUCAAAGCUGAAGUUGGGCAAAUCUCUGCCAGUGGGUGUGGAGGCAGCAGGCAGCAGCACCAAAAGCAGCCCGCGCCGGUCCUUCAGGAAGGGGGAGCGAAGGGAGCCCUCAUGGGCAGAUGGGGGAGAAGGCAGUGGAAGUGCCAUGCUAUGGCGGGAGUCCCAGGGCUCUCUGAACUCCUCAGCCAGCCUGGACCUGGGCUUCCUGUCCUCUACCAGCACAACCACCAGUCCCUGGACAGAGAGCCACCGGAAGAGCCUGGGAGGCACCGAGGCAGAGCCACAGGCCAAGCCCAUGAAGUACUGCUGUGUGUACCUGCCAGAUGGCACAGCUUCCCUUGCCUCUGUGCGGCCUGGCCAGUCCAUCCGUGACAUGCUAGCUGGGAUAUGUGAGAAGCGUGGCUUCAGCCUUCCUGACAUCAAGGUCUACCUGGUGGGGAACGAACAGAAAGCGCUUGUGCUGGACCAGGAGUGCUCUGUGUUGGCAGACCAGGAGGUGAAGCUGGAGAACAGGAUAAGUUUUGAGCUGGUAAUUUCCUCCCUCAAUAAGACCAUCCGCAUCACGGCAAAGUCAACCAAGCGAAUUCGGGAAGCGCUGCAGCCUGUGUUGGGGAAAUACGGUGUGAACGUGGAGCUGGUGCUGCUGCGGCGGCAAGGCGAGCCGGGGGCCCUGGACCUGGAGAAGCUGGUUAGCACGGUGGCUGCUCAGAAACUUGUCCUGGAAACACCAGCAGACGCAAAAGUGUUGGAGAGUGCCGAAGCUGCAGCUGCCCCCUCCCCGCUCCGGAGCGAGGAGGGAAGCCCGACAGGAACACAGGCCGACGGACUGUGGGAGAUGCCCUCCUCCUUCUCCAGGCCCCGGUCAUCAGCUGCCACAAACCUGAACCGGCGCACGUAUGACCUGGAAGGGCUGGUGGAGCUGCUGAACCGUGCCCAGAGCUGCAGGGCCAAUGACCAGCGUGGGCUACUCUCCAAGGAGGACCUGGUCCUGCCUGACUUCCUCCAGCUCCCAGGGCGGGAUGACAGUGCCUGCAAGGGGUCGGAUCAGCCAUGCAACCCUCACGCAGGCUCCAAGGGAGAUGGCCAGCCUUAUCCCGCAGAGCCGACACCAGCUCAACCUCCAGUCAACUAACUACGAGCUCCGCUGAGUCCUGCUGCACGUCUGCACCCAGCACGUGGUACUCCUGGGCCGUGGCAGGGUCCAACACGGGGCCUGACCAGCCCCUGCCCUGCACUGCCGGCACUGCCCAGACUGCAGAUUCGUCCACGUCCUGUCCCAAACUGUCGUGUCGUGUUGCCGUGAGUGGUUGAGCAGCUGCCAUGCCCCUCAGUGGGGUCGCAUUCUGGUGCACGUCAAGGGAGUCUUGUACAUAGUUUGAGCCCCUGUGCAAAGCACUUUGCAAUGUCCCAUGCACGGCUGGCACUGUCUUGCCCAGUGCUUCUGCCUCCUCUGCCUGGGGCAGAGCUUCACCUGGGCAAAUCCUACCCAUGCCAGGCUGGCACAGCCCCAUUGACUGUCCAAGUGGUGAGAGCAACCGUUCAACUGAAGGGUGUGAGGGAUGGGGAGGACACAGAUGGAUAGGGUGGCAAGGCAGGGGCCAGCCUUGUACCCCAGUGCAGUGAGCAGGCAGGGUCAGGAGAACAUGUACAUAACUAAGGGAUGGAUCAGGCCACUGUCCCAGCAGGAAUAUGGGGUGCCUCAGUUGUUGAUAUGGGGCCCAUUGGCCCUGUGGGCCUAUCUUUUAAGGGGUCGUGGCUACCCAGCUCCUUGGAGAACAUGGCUGUGCUGGCCUGUGCCCCAAGGUCACUCCAGCACCGGACAGGUUGUUACUGUCUGUUUUGCAUGAGCAUGACUGGGCCUGACUGUGCAGGCUCAGCGCACUCCUGCCCUUAGGCUCACUGUACGACAGAUGGACAGUAGCAGCAGCAAUACCACUGCCGUUGUAGAGCAGGGCAUGGAGGCUGACACAGUUCCUGCCCUCCUGGCUGACAGACUUGUCAGCCUGUUGUCUGCCCAGGUCACCAGGUUCAUGCCCUGAGCAGACAGAGGCAGAGCCAACAAGGUGUCCCAAAGGACCCUGCCUCCUCCCUGCAGUGACACCCUGCAUGGGAGGGUACAGAAAUGACCCACAGGCUGCAAGUGCUUGCAGGUUCCCUGCCCUGGGCUCCCUGCAGGAACCCUGGGCACUCAGCCCUUGGGGACAGGCCUUCAUGGUGCUGUGGGAUGGGGACUGGGUGCUGGAAGGUGCCAGAGAAAUGCAGCGCCCUCUGGGUGCUGAGCAUCUCAGGUUGUCCUGCACAGUGCCCUGGGACAAACUGGAUGCCUGGCCUACCUGCGCCAGCCCCAGCCCUGGCAGGACUUCCCUCCUGCCUCGUGGGCUGUGCUGGGCAGGCUGCAGCCGACGGUAACCUUGAGCCCGGCUCUGCCAGACCUGGCUGUGCUCUGCUCUCAGCAUGGGCUGUGCCCUGCAGAUCCCCCUCCCAGGCAUCCCCAUGUCCCCAGAGGUCCCUACCCCACGAGGACCCCAAUCAGUCUGGCAGAGACAGAGUCUCUCCACCAGCAGCUUGGGAGAUCCCUCUAUCAUCCAUGCGUGCUGGGCCCUUCCUGGCCCCAGGCAUGCCCAGCUGUGCCCGGGGUCACUGCCCUGCCAUGAUCACACUGCCAGAGGUGGAGGGGUGGCCCUGGGGGUCCCUGCUUCCUGCCUGCCCCAGGGCAGGCCCAGGGGCAGGGGGCACAGCUGCCCGGAUCCAGCCCCACACUGCCCCAUGGCUGGCUGCAGCCCUGUGGCCCGGUUCAGAGCCCUCGUGUGUCUCUGUGGUCCUGCUCAGUCCUGUCUGUGGUGUGAAACCGGGAGGAAUAAAGAGCAUUGCCUGGAAGA